AUGGGCGGCUCUACUCCAUCCAUUGAUUUAUGGCAGGAAGCAUACAAGAAGGUAGACGCGAAAACUCAGACAUGGAUCGCCAGUCUUCCUCUACCAGGCAAUGCCCAAGAUCCUGCAAGUGAACUGGCGGAGUUCGUUCGCGCUAGCGAAAAGAAAAACAAAGAAGAGGCGUUGAAGCUCAAAUUCGGCGACCGGGAGAUUUUGUGGAGGGAUUAUGCGAAUAGAGUUGUCCCUGUGGUGACUGCAAUUGGAGAUAUUUCUAUCAACUUUGCCCCGACGCCCUCUAUGGCCGUGUGGUCAGCUGUCAAGGUGCUUCUGAUGGCCCACGUAUCUGAGCGCGAGGAUCUUGUGGCUAUUAUGGGAUGUACCGAUAUAGUCCUCUGCCUCGUGAGGCGUGGUAGAGUGUACGAGGAGGUCUAUAUUGGUAACUCCAUAUCGCCUAGGCCGCCAUAUGAGGAAGAUUUGAUAACGAAGUUGGUUGAGGUAUACGCGAAAUGCUUGGAGUUUCUUGCUUUUGUCUACAAAGAGAUGAAGCAUGGUGAUUUACGCCGAUUCUUCGACGCGCUCGUCGACCCCGGUUAUGGCGAAAACCGCUUAUUAGCAGUGAAAGCACUUGAGCAGGAACUUGAGCUUGCAACUCGUCCUUGCAAGGCCAAAGCAGAUUACAAGCAUCGAAGACUACUUGAAAGUCUUGCAGGGCCGAUUAAACGAACCGACAAGAAUGUCAUAGAUAUUCUUAAGGUACUUGAUAAGCAGGAAAGAGACAAGGCUAUGGAAUACGUCAGUGACAUUCCAGUCGGAUCUCAUCAUAACGAGAAGGUCGAAAAAAGAACCAAAGGCACAUGCGAAUGGCUAGUCAGCCAUUCUGCAUUCCUUAAAUGGGAAGACUCUGAUUACACUUCGGUGCUUUGGUUGCAAGGUCUUAUCGGUACAGGAAAAUCGUUCCUAUCUUCAAAAGUUAUUGAUCAUUAUCGAAUUCACGACAAAUUUGCUAGUCAAUCUCCCAGCUUGCCCAACCUUGGCUUAGCCUUCUUCUACUGCAAUAGCUCUGAUCAGAAUCGGCAAAGCAUUCAAUCCAUUCUCCGAAGCUACAUCCGACAACUAGGCGAGAUGACCGGUCAUCCUGAGGGCAUUCAUCAGACAUUGUUCAAUCUAUACCAGAAGAAACGGAUUCAAAGCGACAUCACGCUCAAAGAUUGCGAGACAGCUUUGGUCGAGAUGAUAGAGACUUAUCCUCGAACUGUUAUGAUACUCGACGCCUUGGAUGAGUGCAACAAAGACACGAGACGGCAGAUUGUUGAGCUCUUCAAACGUCUAGUGGAGAAAACCAAUAGUCAUUUGAAAAUAUUCAUCGCUAGCCGUCCAGAGCACGAUAUUGGUGACUAUCUGAGGUCAUUCCAAGAGCUAAGGGCGACGGUCACAAUCAACACUUCUGAUAAUCAGGGCGACAUCGAGAAGUUUGUCAAUACAGAGGUGGAUAACUUCACUGUGGAUUGGAGCCCUGAAACUAAGCAGGAUGUUAAAAAGAAGCUUACGGAGAAGAGCGCGGGAAUGUUCAGAUGGACUUACCUGCAAUGGGAACAGCUCAAGGAGUUUGACACCAAUACCAGUGUCAAAGCCAAGCUUGAAGACCUUCCCGAAACUCUAACUAAAGCCUACGACGAGAUUUACGAUAAGUACAAACCUAAGAGCUUUGAGCUUUUCAUGCUGCAGCGAGCGGUGAGAUGGGUCCUGUGCGCCCGCCAGCCGUUCGACAGUUGUACGUUGCUGUCAGCUAUUAGAGUGGAAAGCGAACAGAUGCAUGGAGACGACAUGAAGGCUUUCGACAAGUCAGAUCUCACCGAGAAAAUGUUAGAAACUGUCUGCCGACAUUUGAUCGUGAGGGACCCAGAUUUCAAUGUCUGGAGGUAUUCUCAUGCAUCGGUCAGAGAAUACUUUGAAGAUAAGAAGAAAGAGCCGUGGGUCAAAGACGCGCCAGCGGAGAUAGCAAUUGUCUUGAUCAACUGCUUGAGGGAUAGCUGCGCAGCUUACGGCUCCUACUGGCCACUCUCAGAUGUUGAACCAUCGUGGUUAAACGCAAUCCUCCAGGAAAAACCAAGCACAGUAAACAAUUGGUUAAGGGAAGCACAAGGAGCGGACCAUGUCCGGCCUUUGAAUCCUCGGCAUCCACUUCAAGUGUACAUUUACACGAAUUGGCUCACACACAUCCACGAUCUUCCAGAACAAGAUGGCAGAGCUGAAGACGUAGCCCUUGCUUUGAAACGAUUCCUAGGUGAAGAACGUCCUCCGCAUUCUUCGAGGGCGUAUCAGGCAUUUUGUAGCCGCGUCAUGAAAGGUACUCGAUGGAGCCCGCGUGGGUUUGUAGGGUCUCAUAUCAUGCCAACUACCAACUUCGCCUUUGGCGUUGUGGUAAUGGGUCUUCAUCGGCUCCUGCCUGAGUGGUGGAACGAAGGCCUCGACCUUUCUUCGUUAAGAAAUGAGAGCGGCUUGAGCCUGCUGCAAAUUGCCACCUACUAUGGCCACUACGACGUCUGUCAAUUCCUAAUCAGUCGGGAUUGCGACGUCAACGCGUUUGUUGACGACCCUCCUCCACUGUGGAUAUCAGUAGAGCAGCACAAGAUUAGUAUCAUAGAGUUGCUCCUCAGUAACGGUGCAAACAUGGACUGCGUCUUCAGAAACCAAACUCUGGCUUGUCUGGCAGCGGACAAUGGAUCUGAGUACUGCACUGCUCUACUGGAGAAAGGCCUGGAUCCCAACAUGAAGUGUAAUACCGAUGAUACCGGUUCUGGGGGGGACUGCAAUUUCGGUUGUGCCCUGUCAAGGGCUGCUUAUAAGGGCGAUCUCGACACCAUAAAAGCCCUGAUUGGCAACGGAGCAGAAGUCAACCCGGAGAACCUCAAAGACAAGUAUGGCAGCCCCUUGGCAGCUGCUGCAUCGGCAGGAAAAGUGGACUGUGCUCGCAUUUUGAUUGAACACGGCGCUGAAGUCAAUGCAUACCUGGAGUUCGGAGACUAUGGCAGUAUUUUGGCUGCUGCAAUUCUCGGGGUUUCAUCGUCUCUUGUUAUGAUCAGGUUUCUUGUUGAAGAAGCAGGGGCAGAUUUGGCCCAGCUGGGCUUUGUACGGCCCAGGAGAUGGGAAGGGGAAACCUGGACAAAAAGGGAAAAGCGAAGCGAAAGCAUCGACGGAGCAAUGAGGCAAAGAAUGAGAUAUGUGCGACGGCAACGCGAGAUGGAUGUGGCAGCGUAUCUUAUACAGGAGCUCCGGAUGGAGAGGCAAGUGCUGGUCAGCCUCGGUGUUCUCCCAAGAGAUUUACCACACGAUAUAGGUGCUACGGCUGACAUGGACUAUGAAGAGUUGGAUGGGUAUGAUGGGUUUGCCGAGUGGGAGUGGAAUAGGAGGCACAAAAGAGAGGGUUGGGCCAAGGUGAUGAUGACUGCUGCACGCGCUCGAUCCCACGCAAGACCGAUUUGA